AUGCACCAGGAGCAGCGGGCGAGAAGGGAGGACCAGGACAGACACGCCUCGGAGCUGAGCCGGGCAACCGGGGACGCGGCGGCCGCGGCCGAAGUGGCUUCCAGGGAGGAAUGCGCCGCCAAGGCCUCUCGAGACCUGUGCGAGCAGAUGAGCGCGGUCUGUGGCCAGAUGAGGAAGGCCGCCGAGGAGGCCGGGGCUCGUUCCGCCUCGGCCGAAGAAACCGUGCGCUCUCUCCAGGGUGAUUUAUCGCUGAUGGAGGUAGCCGCGAAAGAGGCCGAGCGAGAGAUGGCCCUGCUCAGGGGCAAGCUUGAGGCCGCUGAGCGUCGGUCUGAGCGCGAGGCGUACCUGCUCGGGGAAAGGGUGGAGGCUGCAGGCCAAGAAGCCAAGCAGAUGGCGCAGGCAAGCUUCUUGAUGAUUUUGUUGUUGUUGUUGUUUCUCGAAAAGAGCUCUCAAAAGGCGCAUAAGAAGAAAAUCGAUGACGCGCAUUUUUUCGGUCAUGUACCCAGGCUCUUUCAGACCAAGUUAUUGUGUUCCUUUUCUUCGGUAACACUGAGUACAGGCUCUCAAAGACGAGAAGGACACGACCAAUUCUCUGAGGGGUUUUCUCGCGGACAGGGAGGCCAGCCUGGAUCGAGCGGAGAGGGAGUUGGCGGCAGCGAGGGAAAACUCUGCACGGGGAUGGGCGAAGAAGUUUCAGAAGGCCUGAGGGCCGCGCUGCAGCGGAGCCAGGGGGAGACGGAGCGGCUGAGGGCGAGGCUGGAGACAGCCGUAGGACUCGCGGCCGACGAGGCGGGCAAGGCCAAGGAGUCCUCCAGGGCGGAGGAAUUGUCGAGGUCGCAACUGGCAGUCUCCGGAGAGCGAGAAGAAAACCUCCAGUCGGAAAACGCGUCUCUUAGAAACGAAAACGAGGGCCUCCGUCGGACGCUUGCCAGCCUGUCCGCCGAGCUCGAGGCAUCCAGCAAGCUCAGCCAGGACAGGCUCAUCAAAUGCGAGGUGUCUGCAAGGGCUGCCGCCGAGGCCGAGCGCAGGUCGGACGCGCUGAAGCGCAGCUCUGACGAGGCUAGGCAGGCGGCGGAGUCGGCGCGGUCGCUGGCAGCCCGUGCCGAAGCCGCUCGAGACGAGAGGGAGCGUGCUCUGGGCGAGUUCCAGGGCUCCAUGACGCGCGCGCUGCAGGACGUGGAGGACGCCCUCGCGGACGCCCUGCAGGGGAUCGGCGGAUGGGAACCCUUCCACCAGGGGGGUGAAGACUUUGCCGGCGGCGGCGGCGAUGGUGAUGACUGCCGCCCGGAGGGACGCGGGCGUGGUAUUGGCGCAAGCGCUGCUUCUGAGGGCCGCCGCCGGGGCGGCGGCGAGGAGGACGGCCCGGAGCGAUGCUGGUUUUCUCGCCGCUCGUCGGUGGGGGAGGGCGGCCGGGCGGCGUUGAGAUCGCCGGGAAGGUCAACAGCGGCGGCGGCGGCGGCGGCGACGGCGAUGGGGGAGGUGCCAAGGACACCGACAACGACAACGCCGGGAGGCGGAAGAGGAGGAGGAAGAGGUGGUGGUGUUUCGGUCUCGUUCUCGGACGGAUCGGUCUUGCCCGUCGGGAGUCGCAGAAUAUAUGGACGGGUGGAAGGCAGCGGGGGCGCGGUUCCAGCUGAUUCUGCGGUCGAUGCGGCUGCCAUGAUGGCCAGGAAGCAGGCAAGAGGCACGGCAGAGUUGCCCUCGCAAGACCCCGGGUGUCACUGA